AUGGAUAUUGCGGAGCUCGAAGCGGGUGCUGCUGCACACCUCGACGCCGCCUAUCGGUCCUGCUUGGGCAAGUUGGGAACGAUCACCGUCCUUACGGGCCUCGUGGCGACUGCCUACGCAGGCUUCGAUGGCGUCCUCGGUGGUGGCCUGGCAGGUGUUGGGGUUGGGGGCAGUGUGGUUCUGCUGAAUUCAGGAAAGGGCGUCGGAGUCGCCAAGUCUCUUCCAGGCCCAGCGUAUGUGGUCAAAAGCAUAGACCAUUUGCAUAGAUUAGACGGCGGAAGUGACGUCGUGGUACCUGGCAGUGUCGGUGGUUUCCGCGAAGGUUUCGGCGGUGGCUACGGAGGAGACUAUGGAGGUGGCUACGGAGGCGGCUACGGAGGAGGCUAUGGAGGCGGCUAUGGAUGCGGCUAUGGAGGUGGCUUUGGAGGCGGCUAUGGAGGCGGCUAUGGAGGAGGCUAUGGAGGCGGCUAUGGAGGGGGCUAUGGAGGCGGCUAUGGAGGCGGCUACGGAGGCGGCUAUGGUGGCGGCUAUGGUGGCGGCUAUGGAGGAGGCUAUGGAGGCGGCUAUGGAGGAGGCUAUGGAGGCGGCUCUGGAGGAGGUUACAGUGCUGGCUUCGGCAAAGUCUUUGGUCGUGGUUAUGACCGUGGCGUCGGCUAUGGAGGUGGCUUCGGUGGAGGAUACGGGGGCGGCUUCGGUGGCGGCUAUGGAGGAUGCUUCGGUGGCGGUUAUGGCGGUGGUUUCGGCGGCGGCUACAGCGGUCUCGGUGGCUACAGUUAUAAAGGGUAACUUGAAAGCUAUGGAUGAAACGAGUCGGUUCCGAAAAUGUGCCAGCACCUGUGCACAAGUCAUCAACUUUCACCAAGUCACUCAUCACGUAUUCUUAAUGGCGAUCUCCAAUGUAUGCAAAUGUAAAUAAACAUCACAUCAUCACUCUGCUGAA